GGCGCGCGUGCGUGCGUCAGUGCUUUGCCGGCGACAGCCGCGUGUCGCCGUCCGCGCUCGGCAUGCCAAACCACCCCCGCAUUCAUCAACCGACUACACACCACGCGCCCCUCAGGUGCCGGCGGCGGCAUGCUGGGCGCGCGGCUCAAGUCAUGGAUGGAAGCGCAAUUGGGGCGGGCGAAGAAACGUAAACAGAAGCAAACGAAGCAGCCCUCCCCUCCCACUACCGGCCUGCCAGCCCCGCCGCAUCUGUCGUCGCCUGAAAGCGCGUACAGCACGGGAUAUUCUACAGAUGGAACGUCACCCGGCGCUCUUCCCGCUCCGCUCGCCGCUCCGCUUGUGGCACCCCCGCCACCGCCUACACCACCGACCACACAUCUGUACCACGAACCAGCUAAGCGCCGUUCAAGUGUAACAGGUCGCAAGCUCAUCCCAGAACCGCCAAUAUGUGCGACUCCGUCCCCCCGGCCGCGGAGCAGGAUCCGCACCAACCCUUGGCUAGGGACCAAUUCACCUGCCUUGAGGAAGAAGCCAUUGCAUCUACUGCAUCAGCAUUCGCUGCAGAUACCUCAGCAACCAGUGCUACAUCAUGCUCCGUAUUCACUGGACUCGCAUACUAAGUAUGGCCCAAGAUCUCCACAUCUGUCACCGCACCUUUCUCCACACUUAUCCCCACACUUAUCCCCACAUAUAUCUCCACGUAUGUCCCCACACAUAUCCCCACAUGUAUCCCCGCACGUAUCCCCACACUACUCACCUCGUCUAUCCCCACGCUUAUCCCCGGAGCUGUACCGCUCGCCGUACUACAGAGGGGCUUCUAGUGAUGAAGAGUAUCGAGGUAUAAGACCUCGAGGGCAAGAAACGGCUAUUUUAUCAGAUGCGGAGGUGGAUUCUGAUGGUGACACUGGACUAGAUGGUGGAGAUGAGGAUGAAGCGGAUUGUACUGCGUCGCCGGGGAGAAGACGGGCGCGGCGACGUAGACCACCGAGACGGCCGCCGCGAUCUGCUGGGGCCACUCCACCUCGCAUGCGGCGGCGUCAAGCCCCGUCUGCUCCACCAAUCCGCCAGCGAGAUCCUUUACUCGAAGCCGACAGAGAGGCAGAACGCAAAUACCGGGAAUUAAUACGUGAGGCGGAAAAGCUUCUCGUCACUGUAUCACGAGCGCCCAUAGAGCCUCCACACAACCCGAGAGUCGUAGAGCUUAGAGCUACUGAGGUGGACUGUCCCCGCCGUAGCCCGGAGCGCACGCACAUCACGAACUUCAUUCGCGCCAACUCCCCUGAGGCCCCGCGCCGGCACUCCCCCGCCCCGCGGCGCUCACCCCUCGCGGCCCCCCCGCCCCGCGCGCCCUACAACCCGCCCUCCCCCACAGAACGGCCGCACUCUGAGCCCCCGAAGCGGAAAAUGUACGCCCGUGAAGAGGUGUUACAAACCCUGGAAGGGCUGCGCAAGAGUCUGCAACAGCAGUCCGCUCUAUUGGCGGUGCAACGGACUCGCCUCGAUUCCCUCUAGUCGAUGUUUUCCAUUCCUUGCCAAAUCUUAGCGAAUUAGAUGUUUUUGUUUACAUAUCCGUGUAGUUACUUACUUGCAUCUAGUUUUCAUGUGCUAAAAGUAUAUUUUUAUGUGUUUCUUUUACAUUUUUAUGUAAAAUUGACUAGUGGUUGUAUAAGGAAUUCAGAAUGUGCUCGAAUUUUGUGUAAAAAGGACAAUUUUUACACAAAAUUAUUAAUUUAAAAGUUAAUUGAAGCGUUCACUUGUUUUUUGUAUAUGUAAAAGUAAAAAAAACUUUUAAACAUUAUGUUAUUUCCCAACUUCUUUGUUCUUAUCAUAUGUACCCCAAAGAAAAUGCAUAUAUAUAUUAAUUAAACACGUUUCGUGUUGCACUGAAUACAUUAAUUAGCCUUAUUACCAUGAUAAUACAUGACAUACUUGAAUAACUCAGUAAACCCAUACUUAUUGAUUACAUAAUUUUAUACAAGCAAAGCU